AUGACCUCAACACCCUUGUCCUCGUAUCAUUCAAUGGACGAAGGUCAGGAUGGAGGGAACGACCAUGCUGUGGCCUCUCCACUUACUCCGGAUUUCGUAUCUGCCACAAGUAGCCUCAGUAGACGACCUGUGCGCUUGUCUCCACCCGAUCAAUCCGGGAUACCUCAUCAUCUCUACCACCACCACGGAAAUUCUGCCUGGAAUCCCAAUGGCGCAACCUCGGGGUCUCAUUCGGUAGCCACUGCUGCUUCCAUGCCAAACUUGGAAUCUUCGGAUCGAUCGGUCUACACUGCCACCACCACAACUCCCACCACCACAGUCAGCAGCAUUGUCGCAGACAAAAACGACGGAGGACGGCCACCACCAAGUUAUACCGGUAGCAGCAACCAAAGCCAAGAACAUGACGAUACUAUUACCAAUGAUCCCAAGGUUAUGAUGAUGAUGAUGAUACCCACACUAGCACGACCCCCACAGGCACAGACUCCACCCGCCGCUCUGCCCACGACAAGCAGCAGCAUUGAUCACCCGUACAACAGUUUGAUGAGACCUGCUUGGAGUCGAAGUCGCAGCAGUAUGGGAGGAGUGGACAGUUUCCCGGCCGGCAAUAACAUGGCAUUUCAAGGACUCUUUCCACGCAUUAUUCUGCCUAAAGUAAUCCGACAACGGUGGUUUCAACAAUACAUGACUAUCGCCGCCUUGACUGCCUUUGUCCUGGUGGGAAUUGUCACCUCCCAAGUUACUCCCUUGCCUCAUAUACGGGUAGCCAUGAUUGGCAAUAGUAUGAUGUACUAUAACGAUUUUCCACGCUUUUUGGAAGCCAUGUCUCAAGGGAGCAUCGAACAAGAUUCCUGUUUGCAUGGAGAUGCCACGCUUCACUCCAUUUUGAUUACCGGUAGUGGAACCUUUGAUGUAUGGAGAACCGGGGUGGCAGUCAUUACAAAUGCCAGUGUGGAACUGUAUCAUGAAAACUACGACGAGGAAGAAGAACAGCAGCAAGAGUACAACUCCAGGUACGACUUUACAAGACUAUACGACUAUGGAGCUUGUACUGUUCCACAACUCUUGUUUGGCUAUGACAAGAACCUGGAUCAGAAGAUGGAAGAUUGGGCAUUCGAUGAAACCUAUGAAAGUCAUGGAGAUGACUUUUUUGACGAUGAUGACUAUUAUGCCUUGGACCAUGAUGACGAAAUAUAUGCCUACGAUUUUGACUCCUUCAUGGAUGGUUCCAAUCCUUGCUUGAUGGAUCCCAAUUACUAUGCCUAUCGUAAUUACUUGUACUGGGGUGGCGAUAGUAACAACCAAGAUGAUGAAAACUUUCAAAACAAUGGACAAGGGGACGACAAUGCUCAAGACGAUUUAGAUCGACACAACUUGUACCCUACAGCACCACAAUGGGACUACAUCAUUCUGAAUGACAAUACACGCAGUCCAGCAAACUACUAUCACCGACAGGAUACACUCAGCAUUUUGGAACAGCAAUAUCUACUUUGGUUCCAAGAAACAAAGUCCAUUCCAAUUCUCAUGUUCACGUAUGCCUAUGAUACGCCGUACCGAGAUAUGGAUGGAUUUCGUGAUGAUCAAGAUGGCGACAUUGAUAUCCCAACCUUUACUAGCCUGACGUAUGAAGGAUACCGUCAGUACGCUGCAUUGCUGUCACAACGACUGCCGGAGGAGCAACAACCACGUAUUGCGCCCGUUGGUCUGGCUUUUUUGACGGUGUGGGAAGAAUCAUACGAGUUUUGGAAGGCCAAACUCUUUCAUGUGGACCGUAUUCAUGCCUCGCCACAUGGAACCUAUUUGCAGGGUUGUGUCGUCUACUGCACCAUUUAUGGCAAGUUGCCAUCGCGAAAAACAGCAUUGGAUGACAUGGAAUCCUUGUGGAACGAUGCGCGACGAAUGGCACCUGUCCGACAUCGACGGCUGCCAUUGCCCACGCGGGAAGAAGCAACAUAUCUCUACCACGUUGCCGAACGUGUGUGCCUGCAAGGGCACAUUCCUCGUUCCUUUGUCUUUUAUGAAAAUGGGGAAUCCACCACGUACAUUCCAUCGGAUGACGCUUUUGCAAACGAUGAUAUUUAUUGA